AUGCGAGACUUUCUGAAGGGACGUGAAUAUCUCAUCGGCGUCAUCGCCAUCAUUGCCAGCUGCUUAGGAGCAGCCUUGUUGUACUGGUGGUCCAAGCGACUGUCCAUCUCAGCGCCAGCGCCCAGGCACAACGUAUUCAGGGCAGAAGGAGGCCCCGAUGAGGAUAUCGAACUGGCUGUCUUGGAGAGCAGUGCCGCAGCGGUGGACACAAGUCAGCAGGCAAGUUCUACCCUGACACAAACCCACAAGUAUGGUUCGACGGAAAUGCCUUCGAAUACAGUGAUUUCGACAAUCUCUUUCCAGCCUGCAGCCAUGGCUGCGAGAUAUUCAAAAGCCAAAGACCAAGCUAUGCUGUCUCGAUGCUUGCCAUUGGGGGACAUUCGAUAG